AUGUUCGAAGAAACAAUUUCAAACCCAAUAAUUAAAACUGAACCAAAGGAAUAUUCUCCAGUUAAACAAGAACUUGAUGAUUAUGACAUCACUCCAGAAACAUAUUUAGAAAACGAGGGAUCAUACACAGAAAACGAAGAAAUAAAUCAACAGCGAUUUUUAAACUCUGAUGACACUAUAGAUAAAGAAAUCAAGAAAGAAACAAUUGAUGAUCAAGAUGAAGCUCGUUUCGAUGAGAAUUCUUACACGGGAAAUGAAGAAAUAUGUCUACAGCGAUUUUUAAAAUCUGGAGUAACAAUUGAUGAAGAAGUUAAGCAUGAACCGAUUGAUGAGCAUGUUGCAGACACCAGUAAAAACAAAAAUAUUGAUAAUGUCGGUAAGUCAAGUGAUUUAGUGGAUAAUAUAAAUGAAUGCAAUAAAUCAUUUAAAAAAGUUUUAGGAAAACGUAAAACUACCCUAAAUGUGAAACAACCCUUGAAAUGUAAAAUUUGCAAUAAACAUUUUUCAACAAUUAGCACCUUACGUCGACAUAAAAUGAUUCAUACAGGAGAACGUCCUUACAAAUGUGAAACCUGUAAUAAAGCAUUUAUAACAAAUCAUGAAUUAAUUCAACAUAAAAGGAAUCAUACAGGAGAACGUCCUUACAAAUGCAAAAUAUGUAAUAAAGCAUUCAUAGCAAAAGAAACAUUAAACCGACAUUUAAUGAUUCAUACUGGAGAACGACCACAUAAAUGCUUAAUAUGCAGUAAAGCAUUUACAACACACAGCAAAUUGAAACAACAUUAUUUUGUCCAUACUAAAGAAAGUAAACAUAAAUGUGCAGUAUGUAAAAAAACAUUCGCAAAUAAACAAAAUUUAAAUCACCAUGAAAUGAUCCACACUGGUGAGCUUCCUCAUAAGUGUGCAUUAUGCAAUAAAUCAUUCACAAUUAAAGAAAUAUUAAACCGACAUCUAAUGAUUCAUACUGGAGAACGACCACAUAAAUGCAAGAUAUGCAAUAAAGCAUUCAAAUUAAAACAACAUUUAAAACAACAUGAAUUUAUCCACACGAGAGAAAGCAAUCAUUAA